GGUCCCGCUCAGUCCCGCUCGGUCCCCCUCGGUCCCCCUCGGUCCCGCUCAGUCCCGCCCGGUCCCGCCCAGUCCCCCUCGGCACGGUUCCUGUGUCCGCCCCGGGGUGAAUGAAGAUCUGCGCCCAGGCGAGCGGCGGCCCCCGCCAGGGUGGGAAGCGCAGCCCGCACCGGACAGGCAGACGGGCUUCUCGGGAGAAGGGAUCCUGCUCGGGAUCAGUCGGUGUCCUUGGUCAGAGGCAGAAAUGGCCCUGGGUUCAGGGUGAUGACUUCCGGGUCAGCAUCAUCUGUUUCAACCUGGACACCAUGGAGGUCACGUGGGAUCCCGCCUACCAUGUGGGGGCCAACCUGAGCCUAGACUUCCGCUACAACCUGGAUCCCCUGCAGCACUGCCCCCGUUACGUCCUGUCCGCGGGAGUCACUUCCGGGUGCGUGUUCCCCGCCCGCCGCGCCCGACUGGAGGUCCACAUCCGGAAGGGCAAGGUGCUGGUCUACACCCAGAAGCGACUGGCCACAGCCUUCCUGAAGCCCCGGCCCCCAGGGAACAUGACCUUCCAUAGCAUCAUCUGUGCUCUCCUGAGCCCGCUGCCCUGGGCUCGGUCUGUGAGGGAGACUGAGUCACAGCACCGUCCCAUGCCCCGUCCACAGACCUCGUCCACCAAGAACACAUGUAACGUCACAGUGGCCGGAGUCGACCUCCGGCGCUGCUACGACUUCCGGGCCCGGGUCACCACGGAGGAGUCCAUGUACGGCCAUGAGACGCACCCCAGCGACUGGACCCCCGUGACGCACUGGCGAGCCGCGGGGCGCGCAGAGUCCUGCCAGGAGCCGCCUGCCCCGGCUUUCCCGAAGCUCCUGGCUGCGUGCAGCAUCCUGACCCUGCUGACGUCGCUGCUGCUGCUGCUGUCCCUGUGGAGGCUGCGGAGGGUCAAGAACGUGCUGAUGCCCUGUGUGCCCGACCCCAAGGGCAGCUUCCCCGGGCUGUUUGAGAAGCACGGCGGCGACUUCCAGGAGUGGAUCAAUGACACACAGCAUGUGACCCUGAUGGCCAAGCCAGAAGUCUGUGAUCCCACAGAGGAGGCACUGGUCCUGGAGCACCACGGGAAGGGGGAGGAGCCUGAAUGGGACAAGGAUGCUGGGAUUCCUGGCCUUCCACGGGAGGGCUUGAGGGGCGGAGACCUGGUGUCUGUGGGUGGGGUCACUUUCAUGAUGGACAGCGAUGCCUAUAUGACCUUGUGACCCUGGCGUGACCUUGGGCACUGUGAUAGUGUCACAGCCAAGGUGAGUGUCCAUGGUGUCAGUCAUCCAUCAUUUCCCGCCCACACCCCCUGUCAAUCAUCAGGACGUGCCCACAGCCCUCCUGUCAAUCAUCCCUCAGGACAUGCCCACAGCCCUCCUGUCAAUCAUCCCUCAGGACAUGCCCACUGCCCUCCUGUCGAUCAUCACUCAGGACAUGCCCACACCCCCUG